CAGCUGUUUAACAACAAUAUUUUUGUAGCUGAUGAGGUUUAACUCUAAUUUCCUUAAGGGGAUUAUAUAUACAUAUAAAACUAGGGUUGUCGUAAACAUCCUCAGUGCUUCCCAGUUAAGUACAGUCAUCUAUUAUUGAGCGAAAGGCCGAGUGUGGAAAUGUGUGUAAGACUGUGGAUUUAAAGUAGAUUUUGUUUCAGUCGGUCAGCAGGAGAAGAAUAUUGCUUAUGGUAACAAAGAAGCAGCUAUGUCUUUCUCGCAGUUUGGAUAUCCUUACAAUGCAACUUCUCAGUUUUUCGUGUCGGCAAACACCAGUACGACUUGCUGCGAUUCGAUUUCCAGGUCGGUGACAGAAGGACCGAACGCGUCUCAAAGCGCAUCCUCAUUCUGCUGUCCCUCCUAUGAGAACCGGCUCCUGGCGAGCACACGGACCGAGCUCAACGCCGCGCUCGGGGUGUACGGCUCUCCUUACGCAGCUGCAGCGGCGGCCGCAGCCGGACAGAACUACGCCAACUACUUUCCGUACAGCGCCGACCCCUCCGCCAUCUACUCCAGCCUGAACCCACAAUAUGAAAUAAAAGAGGGGUCAGGAAGUCUUCACAGCACUAUAACCCAACCUGCCGCCUACUAUCCAUACGACCACUCACUAGGACAAUACCAGUAUGAUAGGUAUGGGACUGUUGAUUUUAACGUAUCAGCGCGAAGAAAAAAUGCCACACGUGAGACGACAAGCACUCUUAAAACAUGGCUUUAUGAACACCGGAAAAACCCUUACCCUACAAAGGGUGAGAAAAUCAUGCUGGCCAUCAUCACUAAAAUGACUCUCACACAAGUUUCCACCUGGUUUGCCAAUGCUAGACGGAGACUAAAGAAAGAAAAUAAGAUGACCUGGUCUCCCAAAAACAAAGCGGGUGAUGACAGGAAAGAAGACCUCAUUGAGACUGAUCCAGACAGCAUAACCAAAGACUCCAAAGAUAGCAAGGAUGAGCGGGACCUGCAGUUCAGUGACCUGGAUGACAUUGAGGACGAGGAAUGUGACAAGCUGGACAGUGACUGUGAGAAAUCGGGUCAGGAUGACGUCCCGGCUUCCUCCCCGCCAAAGAGAGACUGUAACCCUAACCUGAACUUUUCAUCUUUUCCCUGCGGUCUGAAGAGUUUGGGCGCUUUGAACCCAGACUACCUGGAUCCCCUGGGCUCCAAACCACAGCAGCAGCCCUCACCUCAGUCCACUUCCGUAAGCACUGUGGCACUCUCUCACUUUGAGACAUCGGAGAAGCCUCGGAUCUGGUCGCUAGCACGUACAGCUGCUGCAGGGGUUGUAUUAGGUGCACACCAUGGAGGAGAUGUACGGACUGGGUCUGGGGACUGUCAGAUGCAGGCAGCCAGGAUACCCACAGUCGGAGGAGGGCAGUGUGGGGAGCUGAAGGGCCUUCAGGACCCUAUCAACCUGAGCAAUACUGAAAGCCUUUACCAGGAAGGACUGCAGGGGAUACAUAAAGCAUACAGUAGUGGGAGCUACAAGAACCUCCAGAUACACUCUUCAACCUACCCUGUACUGCCCGAAUCGUGCCAAUACUCAAUGGAAGGGUUCUCCAGUACAGGAAAAACAGAGACAGAACACACUGUGCUCAAUGACACAUGUCCAGCACUCCAGGAUGCCAAGACCACAGCAUUCAGACCUGUGAUGAAGAGGUGAGGCAGGACUGUGAAAAUGCCAAUAAACACGGGGACAUUCUUAUGAUCUACAUUAUGCACUAUGGAACAAGGCAAUGAAGAACUAUAUGCCCAUUGCAGUGGACAUUUGAAACUGUACGAGCCCUUUUUGGAACUGUGAAAACUGGAGGCAGCCAUAAUUUUGCACAAUAUGAUUUAAUGGUGUCAAUAACUUUAUGCAACGUUCUGUGUAUGUAUGAGAAUAAAUUGUCUGUGAUUUCUUAUGUUUGCAAUGGCAAUCGUAGUUUAGCAAUCCUAUUUAUAUAUUUAUUGUUUGGUUAUCCAUCUGCGUUAUUUAUCUGUUACCAUGCUGUAUGUCCUCCCAAGGUUGUGUUGUUACGUUUAUUUCUUGUGGUCGUGUGCUUAAUGUUCUGUGAUUUACAGUUUUGGAAGCUGGUGUUAAUCUUACAAUCAGCCUUUUUACUUUUAUUUACGUAAUAAAUGAAGUGCGAUACUGUGCUCCUGAGGAGUGUGCUGUUUAUUUCAAGGAACUAUGUAUAAAUGUUAU